AUGGCUGAUCGUCCGGCCCCAGUCGUAGAUUCCGCUCCUGAGAAGAUCCUGAAUAUAGAGGACUUGAAGAAAGCAGCAUUACAGAAACUCCCCCAGCAUAUAGCAGAAUUCUACAAUUCUGGUUCGACAGACCAAAUCACCGUGAGCGAAAAUACCACUGCGUACUCGAAAUACAGGCUCCGGCCACGGGUCCUUGUGGAUGUGUCAAAUGUCGAUACCACAACCACCGUGUUUGGCCGGAAGAUCACGUUUCCCCUUUGCAUCUCCCCUGCAGGUAUCCAAGCAAUGGCCCAUCCGGACGGCGAAUGUGCAACAAGCCGUUCCUGUGCCAAAAAGGGAAUCAGCAUGGGAAUUUCUUCCUUUUCGAAUUACCCCAUCGAGCAAGUGCGAGCAGCCGGUCUCGAUGUGGGACCUAUUGAGCACUGCAUGCAGCUUUACACCAUGAAAGAUCGUGCUCUUCAAGAACGCAUCAUCAAGAAAGCGGAGGCUGCGGGUUGCAAAGCCAUCUUCCUCACGGCCGACAGUCCUGUGCUCGGCGUACGAUACAAUGAGUGGCGGAAUGACUUUCGAACGCCUGCUGGGUUGUCAUUCCCGAUUUUGGAAAUGACAUUAGAGAUGAUUCGCUCCCGGACCCAUGACGACGGAUUUAAGUCGUUUACCUCGGAUUCUCAGUCGUGGGCACGGGAGAUUCCCUGGCUGAGGAGUGUAACAAAAAUGGAAAUUUGGAUCAAAGGAGUGUUGACCGCCGAAGACGUUCUUCUUGCAAGAGAGUAUGGCUGUGAUGGCGUGGUCGUCAGCAACCACGGUGGAAGGCAGCUCGACGGAACCCCGGCCACGGUCGAUGCAUUGCCAGAAUGCGUUGCGGCUGCGAACGGCCAGAUAAGAGUUCAUAUCGACGGAGGCAUUAGAUCCGGUGCGGACAUCAUCAAAGCGUUGGCUCUGGGUGCAGAAUGUUGCUGGGUUGGUAGACCUGCAAUAUGGGGUUUGGCGGUACGCUCCAGAUGA